AUAAUAAGAAAUGCGAAUUGGGAGUGCUAAGAACAAAGAAUUGAUUUGAUUCUGAAAUCCAAACCAAAACCAAAACCCUCACACACAGAGUUAUCGUCGUCGUUGGUGGUGCUGGUGGUGGUUACGCGAUCGAAACAAUCGAAAAUGUCGUCGGUUUACGUUCUAGAACCUCCGACGAAGGGGAAAGUGGUAGUGAGCACCACGCGCGGACCUUUGGACAUCGAGCUAUGGCCGAAGGAGGCUCCAAAAGCCGUGAGGAACUUCGUGCAGCUCUGCCUCGAAAACUAUUACGACGACACUAUCUUCCACCGCGUCAUCAAGGACUUCCUCGUCCAAGGUGGCGACCCCACCGGCUCCGGCACCGGAGGUGAAAGCAUUUAUGGUGGUGUUUUUGCUGAUGAGUUUCAUUCUCGUUUAAAAUUCAAGCACAGAGGAAUAGUUGCGAUGGCAAGUGCUGGAUCUCCAAAUUCCAAUGGAAGUCAGUUUUUCAUCACUCUCGAUCGUUGUGACUGGCUUGAUCGCAAGCAUACCAUUUUUGGAAAAGUGACAGGAGAUACAAUGUAUAAUCUUUUGAGACUGGGUGAAGUUGAAACUGAUAAGAAUGACCGGCCUUUAGAUCCGCCAAAAAUUUUAUCAGUCGAGGUGUUAUGGAAUCCAUUUGAAGAUAUUGUUCCAAGAACACUUCAGAAAUCUCGAACUGAAUCUAGAGUUGAUACUGAAAGUAAAGAACCAAAGAAGAAAGGUGUAAAAAAAUUAAACUUGCUUUCAUUUGGGGAAGAAGCUGAAGAAGAGGAAAAGGAAUUGGCGUCAGUGAAGCAAAAGAUUAAGAGCAGCCAUGAUGUCUUGAACGAUCCUCGUCUUCUAAAGGAAGAAACACCUGAUAGUGAAUUGAGUGCAUCAAGAAGAGAUUUGCAGCUGUCUGUUAGGGAGACACUUAACGCAAAGAAAGAAGAGCCUCAGAAAGACUCAGCACCUGGUAACAUUGCUCGUCUUGAUUCCAGUGAUGAUGAUGAAGCAGAUUUUGAUUCAAGAAUGCGCAUGCAGAUACUCAAAAAGAGGAAGGAGUUGGGUGAUCUCCCUCCGAAGCCUAAGUUGCAAAAAGCAGGAAGAUCCAUUCCAGAGAAUCAUGAUACGUCAGCACUAAGGUCCAAUGCUGCUAGUGUUGAUGAGGAUCAACCAAAGGUGGAAAAGUUGUCCAUGAAGAAAAAGGGAGUGGGAUCUGAAGCAAGAGCUGAACGAAUGGCUAAUGCAGAUGCAGAUCUGCAACUAUUAAAUGAAACUGAGAGAGGAAGACAAUUGCAAAAGCAGAAGAAACGCCGACUUCAAGGGCGCGAAGAUGAAGUUCUGGCUAAACUUCAAAAAUUUAAGAAAUCUUUAGCAGCAAAGGAGACACUCCCAGCUAGCGAAUCUGAAGAUGUUAAAAAUGAGGAUUUGUCUGACUGGAAAGGUGCCUGUUUAAAAUUUACCCCCGAGUCUGGCAAGGACCGCAUGUCACGUAAUGAGGACCCAAAUGAUUAUGUUGUGCACGACCCUCUUCUGGAAAAGGGGAAAGAAAAGUUUAAUAGGAUGAUGGCCAAACAAAAGAGACGAGAACGAGAGUGGGCUGGGAGAUCUCUUACUGUUAACAUGUCUCUGCUGCUGUGCUGGGAAAGGAAACUUUCGCUAGUAGGAACUAAGCAGAAAGUUGAAGCAUUGUGGAGUGUAGCAGACAUUGCUGACAAGGACACUCAUAUUGGAAUCGGAAGGAUGUUGUGCUAUUGUGGGACUGAAUAUUUUGCAGAUGAAGAAGACUUUAGUUGGAUAUCCAUUCCAGAGAAUCAUGAUACGUCAGCACUAAGGUCCAAUGCUGCUAGUGUUGAUGAGGAUCAACCAAAGGUGGAAAAGUUGUCCAUGAAGAAAAAGGGAGUGGGAUCUGAAGCAAGAGCUGAACGAAUGGCUAAUGCAGAUGCAGAUCUGCAACUAUUAAAUGAAACUGAGAGAGGAAGACAAUUGCAAAAGCAGAAGAAACGCCGACUUCAAGGGCGCGAAGAUGAAGUUCUGGCUAAACUUCAAAAAUUUAAGAAAUCUUUAGCAGCAAAGGAGACACUCCCAGCUAGCGAAUCUGAAGAUGUUAAAAAUGAGGAUUUGUCUGACUGGAAAGGUGCCAGUUUAAAAUUUACCCCCGAGUCUGGCAAGGACCGCAUGUCACGUAAUGAGGACCCAAAUGAUUAUGUUGUGCACGACCCUCUUCUGGAAAAGGGGAAAGAAAAGUUUAAUAGGAUGAUGGCCAAACAAAAGAGACGAGAACGAGAGUGGGCUGGGAGAUCUCUUACUUGACCAUUCAGGUGCCAACAUGGCUAUGUAAAUAUACAAGUUGAUUGGUUCUGAAGGUUAACAUGUCUCUGCUGCUGUGCUGGGAAAGGAAACUUUCGCUAGUAGGAACUAAGCAGAAAGUUGAAGCAUUGAGGAGUGUAGCAGACAUUGCUGACAAGGACACUCAUAUUGGUGAGUGAGAACUGAGAUGUAGGGUUACCGUACAAGUGUUCCUUCAAUUAAAGCCAACGAGGAACUCAUGUGAGGGUCUCCUCUCAUUCAUUAAUUGAGUUUGUAUCUUUGUCCAAUCUUAACAGAUGUUUUUGUGUAGCUUUAAAACAUUUAUUCUAUUUUAAUAUUAGGAAUCGGAAGGAUGUUGUGCUAUUGUGGGACUGAAUAUUUUGCAGAUGAAGAAGACUUUAGUUGGAUGUCAGAAUUUCAUUUUAGUUGAGAGGAGUUGGACAUGGAGCUUUAGGGGCAUGUAUUUACAAAGAUAUCCAUUGAAUUGAGUUUUUCUUUUCUAGGGAA